AUGCCUACCGGUCUCUUACGCGUUCUAUUCGAUCGCCCUUCUUCGUUGAGCGACGCGGAUUUCCAUGCCUGGCGCCAGGGAGCAUUCUCCCAGCUGCCAGGCGUCUACGGAGUCGACAUCCUCACAGCAACUGAUAAGGUCGAAGACGCCAAACCCUACCGCUAUGAAAACAGCUAUCAUAUCGAAGAUACAAGCCUAAUCAGCGACGACCUAAUCCGGUCACUUCUCCCCGCCGAGAAGGGCACCAAUUCCCCUGGCAAAGUCGACUUCCACCUUUAUGAGCGCAUUGCAUUCAAUAAACGAGAUGAUAUCGAGCCUCGCCAGCGUCCGGUGGGAUCGGUUGUCAUCACCGCGGGCAUGUCGCCGAUCGAAACCGAAGAAGUCAUCAAGGACUUUUACGCCUGGUAUCAAGAGGAACACAUGCCCAUUCUACGUGAUGUCCCCGGAUGGCGUACAGGUAGUCGCUACAAACUUGUAACUACAUUUGGCGACAAUGCGGAGUUUGCUUCCCCUUAUGUUGCCAUUCAUGUGUACAACCCAGAAAAUGGUCUCGGGGGUGAACAAUGGAGCAAGUCAAUUCAGUCACCAUGGACGAAGAAAGUGGUAUCGCGGCUUGCGGCGCCAAGUCAUCGGCGGGUGUGGAAGUUAGAAGUCUCCUAA